AGACUCGUGCAAGUCUUCAGGGUCUGACCAGGACUACAGAGCUGCUGCAGCCCAAAUUGGCUGCGAUCUCUUCCCCCAUGCUUGAGUGUGCAGAGCUCUACUUCAACGUGGACCAUGGCUACCUGGAGGGCCUGGUGCGAGGAUGUAAAGCCAGCCUCCUGACCCAGCAGGACUACGUCAACCUAGUCCAGUGUGAGACCCUGGAAGAUCUGAAAAUUCAUCUCCAGACCACUGAUUAUGGCAACUUCUUGGCUAAUCAAACAAAUCCUCUUACUGUUUCCAAAAUUGACACUGAGAUGAGGAAAAAGCUGUGCAGAGAAUUUGAGUAUUUCCGGAAUCACUCCCUGGAGCCCCUCAGCACAUUUUUCACCUACAUGACGUGCAGUUACAUGAUAGACAAUGUGAUUCUACUGAUGAAUGGUGCACUGCAAAAAAAAUCUGUGAAAGAAAUUCUGGUGAAGUGCCACCCACUGGGCCGUUUCACAGAAAUGGAAGCAGUCAACAUUGCAGAGACACCUUCAGAUCUCUUCAAUGCCGUUCUGGUUGAAACACCAUUAGCUCCGUUCUUUCAAGACUGUAUGUCUGAAAAUACUUUGGACGAAUUGAAUAUUGAAUUACUGCGCAAUAAAUUGUACAAGUCUUACCUUGAGGCGUUCUAUAAAUUUUGUAAGAAUCAUGGUGAUGUCACAGCAGAAAUUAUGUGUCCUAUUCUGGAGUUUGAGGCUGACAGACGUGCUUUUAUCAUCACUCUUAACUCCUUCGGCACUGAAUUGAGCAAAGAAGACCGGGAGACCCUCUAUCCCACCUUUGGCAAGCUCUAUCCUGAGGGCUUGCGCCUGUUGGCUCAAGCAGACGACUUUGACCAGAUGAAGAGAGUAGCGGAUCAUUACGGAGUAUACAAGCCUUUGUUCGAGGCCGUAGGUGGCAGUGGGGGGAAGACUCUGGAGGAUGUGUUUUAUGAGCGUGAGGUACAAAUGAAUGUGCUGGCAUUCAACAGGCAAUUCCACUACGGUGUGUUUUAUGCUUACGUGAAGCUGAAGGAACAAGAAAUGAGAAAUAUCGUGUGGAUAGCAGAAUGCAUUUCACAGAGACAUCGAACUAAAAUCAACAGUUACAUUCCAAUUUUAUAAGCCAAGGGGGGGCCUCAAAUGCAGAAAAUCGUAAACGUUAAAAGGAAGUUAUUGAGGAAAAUAAAAGGAAUGUAUUAUAGGAUCCAGUUACACAAAAGUAAGCCACACUGCACCUUCAUGAAUUGCAAAUCCACUGGAAACAGAGUAAACUAACCCUGAAA